UUAUGUGAAGAGAUUAUUCAUUAUUUAUUGAAUUUCUGGAUCAUAAGAAUGAGACCCCACUCGAAGAUGAUCGGCUUCGCGUCUUGGAGUAAAAUUAGUCGUCGGUAAUUAAGCGGCAGUACAGCCAGACGUGCCGCGGUGUUAAGUUUAGGCCUAAAUAGUCUUAUACAUGAACCUUGGAUACAACAGGACCAACAGCGGAGGAAUCGAGCUUUAUUGUGAAUACAAACAACCCAAUGCAAUGGGUUUCGUUGAGUUUCUGGCUACAGCAUGGUCCAUCCUGCUCCUCAUCAUCACCAUGCCUUUCUCGCUAUUCUUCUGUUUCAAGGUUGUUCGAGAAUAUGAGAGGGCGGUCAUAUUUCGCUUAGGUCGACUCAGAACUGGAGGCGCUCGAGGACCUGGAAUCUUUUUUGUGCUUCCCUGUGUCGAUACCUACAGGAAAGUUGAUUUAAGAACCGUUUCAUUCGAUGUCCCACCGCAAGAAGCGUUAACUAAGGAUUCGGUGACAGUGACUGUAGAUGCAGUAGUAUAUUACAGGAUUCAAGACCCACUCAAUGCAGUAGUUCAAGUUACCAAUUACAGCAAUUCUACGCGUUUAUUGGCAAUGACUACACUUCGCAACAUCCUUGGAACACGGAACUUGGCCGAAAUUCUUUCAGAUCGUGAAGCAAUAUCGCAUGCGAUGCAAGCAUCCUUAGAUGAUGCCACCGAUCCAUGGGGAGUGAAAGUGGAAAGAGUUGAAAUAAAAGACGUCAGUUUACCAACGCAGUUGCAAAGGGCUAUGGCAGCAGAAGCUGAAGCAACAAGGGAAGCUAGGGCAAAGGUUAUCGCUGCAGAAGGUGAGAUGAAAGCUUCGAAGGCUUUGCGAGAAGCGGCAGAUGUAAUCCACGCAAGUCCCGCUGCUCUACAGCUACGAUACCUUCAAACGCUGAACAACAUAUCAGCAGAAAAGAAUUCCACGAUUAUAUUCCCGCUGCCAUUAGAUUUUAUACUCCCAUUUCUCGGUCAGACUAAAUAAAAUUUGUUUACACCCUAAGUUCAGUGCAACAGCAA